ACAUAGAUUACAUAUAUAAACUUAUUGCCUAAUAAUUUGCAGGGCACAAUCGAGUAUUAGAAUAUAUCUUGGCAAGGUGAAAGAUAUUAGAUACGAUCAAUAUUGUAUGAGAAAAUAUGGAUCCCCAAAUUGUUGUACAUAAGCUUCAUGCCGCAUUUAGAAGCGGAAAGACAAGACCAAUUGAGUUUCGCAAACAGCAAUUGCAACGGUUGCAUGACCUUUUGACAGAAAAUAAAGAUGAUCUCAUUAGAGUGUUGCGAGAAGAUCUUAGAAAGCCAACUACGGAAGCAAUUUUGGCAGAGAUUCAGUACACAUUGAAUGAAGUUUGUGAAGCCAUGAACGAGCUUGAUGAUUGGGUUGCCCCAGAAUAUGUUCCCAAAAACUUAAUCAACAAGAUGAACACAAUCUACAACAUCUACGAACCGUUGGGCGUGUCCCUGAUCAUUGGAGCGUGGAACUAUCCAGUUCAGCUUAUUCUUGCUCCUUUCAUCUGUGCCAUAGCUGCAGGAAAUUGUGCGUUGUUAAAGCCGUCUGAACUCUCCGAAAACACAGCUGAACUGAUUGAAUCUUUGGUCUCAAAAUAUAUGGACAGGGAUUGCUACGCUGUGAUGCAGGGGGGUGUAAAAGAGACGACGGAAAUAUUGAAGUGCAGAUUUGAUCACGUGUUCUAUACCGGCAGCACUGUCGUCGGAAAGAUUGUCGCUAGAGCAGGCGUGGAACAUCUUUCGAAAAUCACUCUUGAACUGGGUGGGAAAAGUCCGUGCUAUGUGUCCAAGGAUAGUGAUAUUAGACUCGCAUCAAGGAGAAUAAUUUGGGGAAAAUUCUCAAAUGCAGGCCAGACUUGUAUUGCUCCGGAUUAUGUCUUGUGCCAUCCAAGUGUUCAAGAUGAAUUAAUCAAGCAAAUGAGAGAAACGAUUCAGGAAUUUUUUGGCGAGGAACCCAAAGAAUCGUCGGACUUUGGAAGGAUAAUUAACAGUCGACAUUUUGAUCGUCUACAAAAGUUGAUGUCCAGCGGUCGUACGGUUAUUGGUGGGAAUGUCGUUGAGGAAGAGAAGUACAUUGCGCCCACGGUGAUGGUUGACGUGAGCCAGUCUGAUCCCAUCAUGCAGGAAGAGAUAUUUGGUCCUCUCUUGCCAGUCAUCAAUGUUGAAGACACGGACCAAGCUAUUGAUUUCAUUAAUGGCAGAGAAAAACCGCUGGCACUCUACGUGUUCGCAAAAGACCAACAAACAAUGGACAAGUUUGUGGCGGAGACCUCGAGUGGAGGAUUUUGUGGAAAUGACACGUUGAUAUACUUCUCAGCUGAACACUUACCUUUCGGCGGUGUUGGACACAGCGGAACAGGCGCAUACCAUGGGAAGAUUGGAUUCGAGGAGUUCUCUCAUAAGAAGGCGGUUUAUGUAACCAAGCAAGCGAUGGAAAGUGUGAACACAUUGCGCUACCCACCUUACAACGAUACAAAUUUAAAAAGAAUUGUUUGGUUGUUGGGAAAAGGCUUGAAAAGAACACCAAGUGAUUUGUGGUACAUUCCUUGUAUGCUCCUGGGAAUUCUUUUCAGUUUUAUCAUGAAGAUUAUCGGUCUCCCAAGGUAUUUUUUGAGCUGAGGCAAUAUUCUGAAGCUGAAAAAAGCGAGGGAUUAUUAUGUGCACGAAAAUUAUUUUUUGUUGAUAAAAAUUGACCGCACAAAAAUAAAAUUAUAUUGUUGGUGGAAGAGUGAAGUUAGCUGGGUAUUAUUACCGUAGCUAGAGACAGUAGAUUUUAAAAAACCGAUGUGUAAUUAGAUAAAAGUGUUCGUAUCGUAAUAUUCAAUAAAAUAUUAAUUGAUUUAA